AUGAAGCCGUCUGUGAUUUUGCAGUAUUUACUUUUAGAGCUUCUUGCCGUCAACUGCCAAAGACUCAUCCAGGGGCGUAUAGUGGGAGGCUACGUUCCAGCGCCCCACUCCAUCAGGUAUAUUGUAUCGAUACAAAGCCCCAGCGGUCGGCACUUCUGCGGGGGGUCCUUAGUACACAGGUACUGGGUGCUGACAGCAGCACACUGUAAUAUUGGGUCGGAACAGAUGACGAUAGUAGCAGGAGAUCACUCCUUGAACAUUUACGAAGGCACCGAGCAGUACUCAAAACCUCAAAGGCUGAUUCCACACCCACAGUAUGACAAAAGCACCAACGAUGCUGACAUCAUGCUAAUUAAGCUCAAGGUUCCUGUGAUCCUAAACAGAUACGUGAGCGUCGUGGCCCUCCCCCGCCAGGGAGCGAGUCUGCCGGAAGGGAGGGCCUGCUGGGUGUCUGGGUGGGGCCACACCAGCACCGGCGGGGGGCAGCUUCCUUCGACUCUGCACACGGCGAAACUGCCCGUCAUUUCCUCCCUGAGAUGCAACGGCAGCGAGUCAUUCAACGGCAACAUUACGAAAAACAUGAUGUGCGCAGGAUACAGUUCGGGAGGCAAGGAUGCUUGCAAGGGUGAUUCUGGAGGCCCCUUGGUGUGUCAGGGCUUCGUCCACGGAGUGGUGUCAUGGGGAAACUUGUGUGCAAAAGCCAACUUUCCAGGAGUGUACACCGCUGUGUCCAGGUUCCGCAGAUGGAUUGACCGAACCAUCUUCGGCUCUUAUAGGUGUCUAAAGCGCGGGACACACUAG